CUUAUAUUACAUGUGAUAGUCCUGGGAAACCAGCUGUUUUUUUGAUCGAUCGUAAAAAUUAUUACCAUGAAGUUCCAAGUCUAUGGUUUCCUGUAUAUGGUGACCCGACAUUCUCGAGAUUCUAUGAGGAAACAUUAAUAGAUUGUGAACUAAUUAAUGAUAUUGAAAGCAAUGGAAGGGCCUCCUUAAGGCUAUUAGUUUUUGAUUUUGUAGUAAAUAAAGAAAUGGAACGUUCUUAUGGACUGGAAAAAGUUUUAAAACAAAUUAUACCAUCUUUAAAGCACAACCUGCGAUGGGAUAAUUUUUACAUCAUCAACAUCGGGUUAUUCGGCAGAGAAAUAUUAAAAUGGAAACCACCAAAUGAAAAUUCUAUUGACCUUAAAUUAAGUUUCGAUUUUAAACGCCAUAACAAGAAUAAUAAACCAAGAUUUUGUCUUUAUAAAUGGAUGGAUGUUCAUAGAUAUUUUGAUAAUAUGUAUGUUACCGAUGAAGAGUGGGAGCAAUUUUGGAAACAUGACUUUCAACAAUUUGAAGGACGUAUUGUUGAAGUAGUUUAUAACCCUUCAAUUCAUCCACCAUGGAGAUUUAAAAGGUUUCGUGAUGAUCAACCACGCGCAAAUAAUCAUACUGUAAUUGAAAAAAUAGAACAAAGUAUAUUUGAUGGGAUCACUGAAGAACAGGCACAUAUUUUUUCUAUUUUAAAUUAUUACAAACGAUAA